ACGUCAGGCCGCUGAUCCGGAAACGGCGGCGGCAGAAGCCUCGCCGCCGAGGGGCUUUCGGUGCGGCCGACCCCGGGACCCCCACGCGCGGGGCGCGUGACCCGGAAGCGGAAGCCGGUCCGGUCGCGGCGCCGACAGCCCAGCCUGACAGGCGGCCUGCCGCCAUGGACCUGCUGUUCGGGCGCCGGAAGACGCCCGAGGAGCUGCUGCGCCAGAACCAGCGCGCCCUCAACCGCGCCAUGAGAGAGCUGGACCGCGAGCGGCAGAAGCUGGAGGCCCAGGAGAAGAAGAUCAUCGCGGACAUCAAGAAGAUGGCCAAGCAGGGCCAGAUGGACGCCGUGCGCAUCAUGGCCAAGGACCUGGUGCGCACACGCCGCUACGUGCGCAAGUUUGUGCUCAUGAGGGCAAACAUCCAGGCCGUGUCCCUCAAGAUCCAGACUCUCAAGUCCAACAACUCCAUGGCGCAAGCCAUGAAGGGCGUCACCAAGGCGAUGGGCACCAUGAACAGACAGCUCAAGCUGCCGCAGAUCCAGAAGAUCAUGAUGGAGUUCGAGCGGCAGGCCGAGAUCAUGGACAUGAAGGAAGAGAUGAUGAACGACGCCAUCGAUGACGCCAUGGGGGACGAGGACGACGAGGAAGAAAGUGAUGCCGUGGUGUCCCAGGUCCUGGACGAGCUGGGCUUGAGCCUGACAGACGAGCUGUCGAACCUGCCCUCCACCGGAGGCUCCCUCAACGUGGCUGCUGGUGGGAAAAAGCCAGAGACGGCCUCGGCCCUGGUGGACGCUGACGCAGACCUUGAAGAGCGGCUCAAGAACCUUCGGAGGGACUGAGGGCCACGUCCGUCUGCGUGCACCAACCAGACAAUAAAGAGAUUGUCUCUGAACUGUG